AUUCAUAGGAAUAUUUUCGGCAGCGGCAGGUGUGCCGCGAGCCAGUUUCGCGUUUCCUGAGUUCGCUUCCGAUAGGCGAAUAUGUUGGCCCGGGCAGCAUGCUUCCUAGCAUGCCGCGCGGAGCAGGCUCAGCUGCCUCACCAGCUGGUCCGCUGCUUCGCUGCUGCCGCUGUUGCAAAGUCCGCCCCUAAGACGGAUUACAAGCUGCCAGUGGCUCCUCUGCAGCUGAGCGGUACAUCAGGGGCUAUAGCCACGCUGGCUUGGCAGGUAGCAGCAAAGGAAAACAUUCUCACCAAAGUGCAGGAUGAGCUAUACCAGCUGGUGGAGGUCUUCAAGACUUAUCCGGAGAUCCGGCGCCUGGCUACAGACCCUUUUUUGCCUUCGGCCUUUCGCCAAAAAGUCGUGCGUGACAUGUUUGCGACGAAGGAGGUCUCGGAGGUCACCAAGCGCUUGAUGGAGGCGCUGGCGGAGGAGAACAGCCUUAGCGCCAUUGUGCAGGUCACUCUGGCAUAUGAAGAGCUGAUGCUGGCGCACAAGAAGGAGGUGCACUGCACGGUCGUCACUGCGCAGCCUCUGGACGACGCCGAGCGUGCGGUGUUCACCAAGCAAGCCCAGGCCUUUGUUGAGCCCGGCUUCAAGUUGGUCAUGAAAGAGAAGGUGGACCGCAAGCUGCUGGGUGGCUUUGUCCUGGAGUUUGAGGACCGCCUUGUGGACAUGAGCAAGGCCAAGAAGCUGGAGGAGUUCAACAACCUCGUCACCAAGCUGGAGAACGACCUCAAGUGAUGUCCUUGAGAACCUCACACGCGGCAUGGAUGUGUGACGUGAAGGAGGCGCACGGAAGGGUUCUUUCAACUUCCUGGCUGCUCUCUCUUUACGCGUCGGCAGGUAUCGGAUCAUUUCCAGGGUUGCGGCUCGGUGGUUGUGCUGCUGCCCAAUGCACAGUCCAUGAGGAAGCGCGUGCGCUAGUGCAUGGAGUGUUUCUUUAUCCUUAGCGGAAUUAGU